AUGUCAAAUCGCCAACAGAUUGAUUCCGUCAUCGACGAUGACGACGAGUUCUGCCCCCUCUGCAUCGAAGAAUUCGAUCUAUCAGACAAGAACUUCAAGCCUUGCCCCUGUGGGUAUCAGAUUUGUCAAUUUUGCUACAACAAUAUCAAAACCCAUAGUGAGGAAGGCCGGUGCCCCAACUGUAGACGGGUCUACGAUGAGAGCACCAUCCAGUACAAGGUUCCAGAUGCCGACGAAUUCAAAGCGGACCUGGCAUUAAAGCAUCGGAAGGCUGCCGCCGCCAAGAAGAAGGAGGCCGAUAGGCGCGAAAUCGAGGCUUCUAGUCGCAAGAAUCUUGCCGGUGUCAGGGUUGUCCAGAAGAACCUUGUCUAUGUCAUCGGUCUCAACCCUACGAUACGUGACGAGAACCAGCUCCUCCAGACUUUGCGCGGUCGAGACUAUUUCGGUCAGUACGGUGACAUCGAGAAGAUCGUCGUGAGCAAGGCCAAGCCUGGCGGCAACCCCAACCAGGGCAUUGGCGUCUACGUCACGUACGCCAGAAAGGCCGACGCAGCAACUUGCAUAGCGGCGGUUGAUGGGUCGGCCAACUCUGAACGGGUGCUACGUGCACAAUACGGUACGACGAAAUACUGCUCUUCUUUUCUGCGCAACGAACAAUGUCAUAAUCGGAAUUGCACCUUCUUGCACGAAACUGGUGAGGACAGUGACAGCUACAGCCGACAGGAUCUUUCUUCGAUGAACACCUUGUCGAGCCAACGCGUCAACGGCUCCCCCAGCGGUCCAACCCACUCGAUCCCUCCGCACGUCACCCGGUCCUCCGCUCAACCGCUUUCGCAGCCGAUGCGCCGUCAACCUAGUAGGGAUGAUGCUGCUGGAAGCCGGCCACCUGAUGGGUCCGCCCUUCCAUCGUCGGCAAGUUGGGCGAACAAGGAUGCUGUGCUCAGCCGGACUAGGCGGGCAAGUCUGACUGGCAGUCAGGCCUCGCAAAGCCCUCGGCCCGCGAUGGCCACGGUUGCGCCAACUGUGGACGAAGCGAAGCGCGCGGAAAAACAUGCGCAGGAACGUGCCCAUGCCCAGGCUCAAGCUCAGGCCCAGCUUCAAGCCCAACUUCAGGCCCAGGCACAAGCAGAGGCACAAGCACAAGCUCAGGCACAAGCACAAGCACAAGCACAAGCACAAGCACAAGCUCAAGCUCAAGCUCAGGCCGAGGCUCAGGCCCGGGCUCAGGCUCAGGCACAGGCCCAAGCUCAAGCCCAGGCGCAAGCUGAAGCUCAGGCUCAUGCUCAAGCGCAGGCUUCCCCGGCCCCUGAGUCACGCUCCUCGCCGCCUCGUUCCCCUGCUAGCGCACCUGCUCCUCCCGCCGUCCAGACGCCCCCGAAACCGGAGACUCCCCUGUUGGAUAAUCUGGUCAAAGCUGUCAAUUCUCCGGACUUCAAGUUUGUCUUCUCGGCGGCUGGUCUGCCCGCGGAGGAAGUUGCCCUCAUCGAGAACCACCCCUCAUUCAUCGAUCCCUAUGGUGGUGUGAAACGCCGGGCUAUGCGUGAGAAGGCGGAGCAGGAACGUGUGAGGCGCGAACAGGAGUUGUUGCAGUCCGCUGCAGCUGAAGAGGAGAGCCGUGAGAGUGGCAGCUUGCAGCUGGGCGGUGAACCGGAUGAUGCGAUGCCACCCAGAGGUCGUACCGGCCGUGAGUCUCAUGGUGCCAUUCAGCCUCCAUCCCAGCAGGGUACUACGACAAACUCGGUGGUCGGCUCUCCUGUUUCCGCCACUAGCCACCAGUUCCAGCAACUUAACCUGGCCGGUCGCAGCUUAACCCCCCUGCAGCAGCAGCAGUUGCUUCUCUUGAAGUCUGCCAGCAACCAACAGGCAGGCCUAGUUGAUCAGUUGCAGGGUGGACUGAACACCGCUGCCCUUGACCAAGCAGCUCAGGUCCGUCAAGGUCUCCUCCAGAGCCAGAUGGCCCAGUUCAACGCCUUGCAGGCGCAAAGUCGUCAAAACUCUCGAUUUUCUUUUGCCAAUGAGGCCAAUACAAAAAACCUCCCUAAUGUCAGGAUGUUGAGCCAACAGGCAUCUCUGAUGCAAUCUGGUACUCCCAACCCGCUUGCUGCGCCUAGUCCCCAGCACGCGCUUGCCAGCAACUACUUUACCAGUGGCGUGCAGGGUCCACCCCCAGGGUUGAAGACAGCUGGCACUCCGCCUAUCAGCGGAGGAGGUAUGUUCGCGCAGGGUCACGGUUUUACCACGAACGCCAACCUCGGUUUGGGAGGCAACCUCGGAAAGCAAGAAGCCAAUCCAGAGUUGAUGCGUGAGCUGCUGAGAGGCCGCAGUGGCGCAAAUGCCGGUGGUUUGCAGGGUCAAGAGGCCGCUAAGCGUGAGUUCAUGUUUCCUUUCCUUCAGCAACACCAAACUCCCCCUCCCCUGACUCCCGCGAAUGGCCUUCUCAGCUCUUUCUAUGGCACUCAAGCGGGGAAUUUCUCCGAGUCUGGGCCACAGAAGCAGAAGAAGAAGGGGAAGAAGCACAGACACGCUAACACUUCCUCCGGCGGAGGCGGUGUAGUAGAUCUUGCGGACCCGAGUAUCCUGCAGGCGAGGAUGCACCAGGUCGGUGCGAAUGCUGCUGCUGCUGCUGGGCAAGCGCUGUACGGGAGUCAGGGUCAAGUGGAUGAAGACUUUCCUCCUCUUGGAGCUCAAUCCAAGGACAAACGCCCUGUCGACAGCUUUGGCUAUCUCGUGCGCUCGCAUUUCUCCAGUGACUCGCAAGGCUCGGCUCGUGCUGGAACGCCUACGCUGCCGCCUGGACUACCACUCCCCCACGCGCAUCCCGCGUCUGCCUUGUUCCAAAGUCCGCUCAACCCAUCCAGUCCGACGUCGUCGGUUUCAAUGCCACCUGGACUCAAUCCGCCUUUCCCUCGACUUGGAACACCGGCUCAUGGGUUCCAAGAAAAUGCCUCUCGCCAGCCCUCGCCGGAGAUGAAGGAUAGGCCUGAGAAUGCCCCAACAUCGAGCCGCAUCAAAAAUGUCUCGGAAAUAUCACUUGGCUCUCCUGUCCCCAAGUCAGCCAGCAAAGCUCGAUCCCAGCAUAAGGCUGAAUUGGCUGGUGCAAUUGACAUGAAGAAUGGUCCGUCAAAGGCUGGAGAUACUGUUAAAGCUUCAGCAACCACGGCUAAGACCAAACCCAUAAAGCUGGAGCUCCCCUUGACCACUCCUCAACCCCAGGAAUCUGCAAAGUCGGAGACGCCGAGCCAACCUAUCCAUGGCCCAGCUCCCACGAAUAUUGGUUCACGUCCAAAUACUCCAUUGACCAGCAUUUCACGGAUUUCAGACUCGUCUGCUCCACGCCAACCCAGAAUUCUCCGUGUGGUUGACACUCCAAAGACUGAAACUCCGCCACCCCCUUCUGCCACUCAGUCAGUCGCAUCCUUGGCUGCGGCGCAGAAAAUACGUUCUAGAAGGCCGAGCAUCUCGUCGAUGAGUAGGCCGGACACGCCAGGUGACUUCGGAUCCGAAGCUGAUCUCUAUACUUCGGCAUCGGUUUCACGUGCCAACUCCCCUCCGGCCUCAUCCCGGAUCGGCUCUGCGCCCGUCCGGGCUUUGACCAAGAGCCAAGCCAAGAAGGAACGAAGACAGAAGGCUAAGGAGUUAGAAGCUAAGAAACACGAAGUUGUCGCUGUGAUUGAAGAGCCAGUGCAGGCCCCGAUUAUUGGAAGGAAGCGCAAGACAAAGAAAACACCGGCUAGCUCGACUGACUCUCCGGUCCCGGCUACAGAAAGCGCUGCCGAUGCUGGAAAAUCCACCAAUGCCGGUGGCUCCGACAGCAACGAUAAGGCUGACCAGCGGACGGAAGCAGUCAAGAAGACCAAGUCCAAGGACAAACUGCCGAAGGAUCUGAAACCAGCCCCUGCAGAAGAGAAAGCUCCUGCAGAGCCGAAGACUCCCGCGGAGGCCUGGCGUUCUAAGAAUACGGUGGAGCAGCUGAUGAAGGACGCAGAAUCUAGCGGUGUCCCGGUCAAAGAACUGUUCUCUGAGCGCACCUCUCCGUUGCAGAUGCUUCUGGCUCGGCUUCACAAGUCUGGUGAUCUGGACCUGAACAACCACCCCCUGUUCAACCCAUCCAACCUAAACCAGCGCUUCGACAUGAAGUGCAACGCGGAUGAUUACGACAUCCUCAAGCAGCCUAUUGAGUUGACUGAAGAUCACCGCAAAGCACUCCUGCGCGGAGAAGCCAUCCGUGUCAACUCCGACUCCAGCAUGUUGAAAGAUCGAUGCCUGAUCAGUCCUCGUGGGUGCGUUCUUCACCAUUUGUCGCCCGACGAAGAAGAGCGCUACCUAGCGCUUGAGAAGAGCAUCUCAUGGGCUCUCGAUAACUUCCAAGAGUACACAACUGUUCCGAUUACUGAACCGGAUGUGACUAACCGUGGCGGCGGUCUCGACGCGUUGUUCGCUACACCCGAGAAUUACAACAUCUGCUGGGUCGACGAGACAUCUGCCGGCAUAACCUCUGCCUCUCCUACUGCCGGCUUGACUGGAUCUGAUGCGGGCGGUUCAUCCACCAUUCCUGCCCCUCCCAAUGUCCUCUCGGCCAUGGAGGCGGACAGCACUCGCAGCCACAACUGGGCCAUUGCCAACACAGCGGAGCUAGUCAACGCCACUGCUACUUCGGUGCGGUCUUUCGCCGCUGCCACCGCCAAGCACAUGCUCGGAGCCGCGGGAGUCGUCAUGGGCAACAUUCCUGACCUAGACGAUGUAGUCGGCAUGACAAACGAGGAACUCCGCUCAUUCGCCGUCAAGUCCCAGAAGGAUCUGGAGAGCUCGCGCAAGGAACUGGACACGAUUGACAAGAAGCUCAACGCUUUGGUGAAGCGCAACCGUAAGCUAGCCCAGCAGGCGCUGGCAACUACUGUGGAAGGGUGA